UUCAUUCAAGAACUCAACCAACUUCAAGAUGGAUGGAUCUCUGAAUGAUUUCUGCUUUUUGCUCGCAUCGUCAUAACAGCAUUUUCACUUUAUAUUGCACUUCUGUAGUCGCUUUGUACGUUUAAACACUGUGUCACGGAGAAAGACUUUACUUUCACUUUCAUCGGGGACAGCCUUCUGUGUGUUCUUUUAGGCUAGCAAGUAGCAUUCAACUGUUUGUCCAUUAUUAGCAUUUAGUGAGUCAAUUCUCCACAUCAGAUCUACUGUAGUUUUGCAGCCUGAGGAGGAUGAAGUCGUGGUUCAUGCUCUCUCUGGCUUUAGCUGCUUUUGUUUUUACUUCGUUUCCUGCACGAGCCGAACAAUCAGUGAUUUACAAGAGUGUAGGAGCAGAUGUUGUCCUGACUCCUCCAAGUAAACAAAGUUCCAUCACCCACAUCCUAUGGAAGCGAAAUGGUCACUUAGCAGUGGAAUGGGAAAUAGAGAAUGUGUCCUAUGUCAAGGAGUUUGCAUUCUUUACAGACCACACUAUCCUGGACCAUUCAAAUGGAGAACUGACCCUCAAGAAUCUGACUAAAGAGUUCAGUGGAGUCUAUACUGUUGAGAUCAAUGGGGAGACCGGCACUGGAAACAUAAACCUGACCGUUCUCUCUCAGGUCCCAAAACCACAGAUUUCUGUGUCGUGUAACGCGGAGAAGACUCAAUGUACUUUGACAUGCAGUGGUGAUGUGACGGGUAUGGACCCCAAACCCACAUAUAAAUGGAAAUUCAACAACACAGAGAAAUCACAAUCAAAUGAACACUUUGAAAUAACACCGGAGACUUCAGCUCCAGAGUUCAUCUGUGAGCUGCACAACCGCGUCAGUUUUAUGAGCAGCGAUCCGAUUAGCAAUCCUUUCAUUUCAAUUCCAGAUGGUGUGAAGAUAAACACUGGGAUUGUAGUAUUUGUGUGCCUUUUGGCUUGUGUACUUGUGACUGUUGUGGUGCACAGAGUUAAAUCAGGGAUGUGGUUUUUUCAAAAAGAUUCGAUGCCAUGGCAACCCGACUUUUGGCAGAAGCCUGGAUGCCAAGCUGCCCCUGAACCUCGCCAUGCUAAUGGUGAUCAACCAGCAGAAAGGAAUGCCAUGUUGGAAAGCAGUUAAUGAAGAGCAUGUUACAACGACACUACAAGAAUCUAAUGAGUUGCUAAGUGAGAGUGCUCUGUUGUAAAACAAUGGAAAGAGGCUGGGCGAUAACGGAAGAGAGGUUUUCCUGUCACUGCCUUAAAGGUUAUUGGUAGUUUACGGAUGGGGUUUUAUAUUGACAUUCUUUUUAUGUUUUAUAAUUAUUUAAUUUAACCUCAUUAUUACAUCUUGUGUGACUUUACUCUUCACACAGUUUAGGUUUAACAUUGGACAAUUGCUGUUACUGUUUUGAAAAUGAUUUGGUUUAAAAUAUUGUCCAUAAUUUUAAUAGAUGGUGAGAUUUCCAUUGUUAUAGGAACAUGACAUAUUCAUAUUUUCAUGUUUUACUAAAGCUUUAUAAUGUUAAUAUUAACCAGUUGUUCACAGUAAAUGUACUACAGUUUCACUCCUAAUGUAAGCCACUAGAGGGCAGCACUGCUUUUUUCUACUGUAUCCCAAACGUUCAGGCAAAGGUAUGAGAAGAAUUUUUCAAACUGGUGAUGCAAUUAAAGAUAUUUCC